AUGUUAUCGAAACUCUGUAUUUGGAUGAUCUUACUAAAUCCUUCAAAGAAAUAUGGAGGAUAUCAUUUAUGGAUAAUAGAAGAUAUGGAUGAUCCGGAUGCUCUCAAGCCAUUGCCAUUUUAAUGUUGAUCACCUUGGCUCUUCCGAAGCGCUGGAUUUCUACUCAGAAAUUCUGCAUCACAAAAAUAACUGGAUAACCUCUGCGAACAAAAAGAGCAAGGCUUGGGUCCCACGACCGUUGACGUGCUGCGCGUACCAGUGACGCAAGAUCCGCACGCGGUUUCAGCGGGCGGGCCCACCCCACGCGACGCCCACAGCCACGCAGCCCAGGUAGCCGGAGAGGCGCGCGGCCCACGUGCAGGCCGGGCCGAGCUCAUCGACUUCGCCGCCGCCCUACCCCCCUAUAAAAGGCCGGCCCCCUCCGCCGCGGCGCCGCUCACCCUCCCCUCCGCUCGCCGGCGACGCAUCGGCAACCUCGCCUCGCUCUCUCGCGAUAGGUUAGGGUUAGAUAGGGACGAUGUCGUCGGCCGGCGGGGAGGAUGAGAAGAAGCCCGCGGCGGGCGAGGGCGGCGGCGCUCACAUCAACCUCAAGGUCAAGGGGCAGGACGGCAAUGAGGUGUUCUUCCGCAUCAAGAGAUCAACCCAACUGAAGAAGCUGAUGAACGCCUACUGUGACCGCCAGUCCGUGGAUAUGAAUGCUAUUGCUUUCCUGUUUGAUGGCCGUAGGCUCAAUGCUGAGCAGACUCCUGAUCAGCUCGAGAUGGAAGACGGCGACGAGAUCGACGCCAUGCUUCACCAGACUGGAGGCUCUCUGCAUGCCUAGAGCUCAGACGAAGCCUGUUGCGACAAUGCAACGCACCUAUUAUCACUAGAGUACAUGAAACAAGUCUAAAGAAACUUGUGAAACUUUUGGUCUUGUGCCCCAGCUGAAGGACAUUAGGAGGGCCUUGUUUAGCGAGAUAUGGUACUUUGGGCUGUAAUGUGUCCAUCCCCUAAUUUAUCCAUCCUUUGGUGGUACUCCCGAUGAUCCGCUGAUUGUUUUUUUAGCUCCUCGAAGCUGCAUGCUGCUUUGUUUUA